GCGCCGGGCAUCCCAAAUAUAUAUACACCUCUCUCUCCCUUGCGCGAUCACCAUCAGAGAGUUCGCGCUCUGUUGAUCUCACUAUCUCUCCCCUUGCCACGACUCGUCGUCUGGGCCAAUUCGCUCCCUCCAAUGCCCAACGUGCGUCAUACCCGAGCCUCUAUGGGUAAUCGCGUCCUCCAAACAUCCAGCCCCCCCGAUAACAACAGCAACGAUAGCCACAAAUCUUCCUCGACAAGGCCACGCCGUUUCACAACUCUCCCCAUGAUGCCGCUGCCCGAGUAAGGCAUAAGCUAUAGUACCAGUACUCGGGUACGGUAUCUCUAGAGCGACCAGGCCCGUGGCGCCGGACAGCUGCCACCCAGAAGAACCCCCCAGCAGGGCUGCCUUCGCGGCGCCAUUGGCUCCGUCUCAAGGAGCUUUGACUCCAGCUUGUUUCUUCUAGAUGUCCGCUACGUUAACGUCGCCAGUCCCAAGAAUGUCAGUCCUUGGGCUGCCAUCAUGUCUGCUUCCUCUCCUCUUUCCAACAGAGGCCCUUGCCUCCCCCGAUCACAGCCUUUGGCGCAUCUUCGAUACUCCCAACAAGUUUGGUUUGCAACUGCAGACUCUCGCGUCAAGACUCCGCGCCCUCUAUCCGCAGAUCUUGCAAGGGAAGCUCGACUUCUGGAAGUUGGCGCAGAUAAUGGCAUUGUGUAGUGUGCUUCCAGGCGUCUGGUAUCUCCGAAGAAGAUACAGAGAGAGCACGUCAAUACCGUGGCGAUCUAUGGAUCUAUCUCAGAAUGGCGUGUCUGAUAUCAAGAAGAGCGUGGAGAUUAAUGAUACUGAAGUUGUUGACCCUGGGCUGUUAAAAAAGCACUCCGAGAUGCGAUCCUUUACCACGAGCCGGUUUACAUACCCAUCACUCCGAAUAUUCUAUCGCAGGCAUCCGCAAACCGAAAAGCUACCUACGACACCCGCCCCACUCCCGUUACUCGUCUUUAUACAUGGCCUAGGUGGCUCCAGCUACCAGUUUCACUCUCUCUUGACCAGUUUAGUCAACUUAGCAUCGUGUCUAUCAAUUGAUCUACCUGGCUGUGGUCUAUCGUCUUUCGCGCCGACCUCUUGGGAUGCCUAUACGACCGAGGCAUUGGCCGAGCUGCUGGAAACAAUCAUCGAAGAAUACAGGGAUGCAGAUGCAGGGCAGGGCGUUGUUCUCAUCGGACAUAGCAUGGGGUGUUCGCUCGCUGCACUUCUGGCAUCGAAAACGUCUUCGCAUCCCAGCGCCUUAUCCGACCAUGUGGUGGGCUUAGUUGCAAUUUGCCCCCGUGCUGAGCCUCCUAGCAAGGAGGAAGUGGCAGCCUUCACGAAACUUCUUUAUAUACCAACGCCCAUUUUCGAUCUCUGGCGGAGAUGGGACCGUCGCGGCGGGACUGAAAGUGCCAGCGUUCGACGGUUCGUUGGCGCAGAUGCAGAUGAGGAGACUAAGAAGCUACAGGAACGCUUCAACAAUCAAAGUAGAUCUGCCGUAUGGAGACGUAUGGCUUUAGGGAGCCUUCCUAAGUAUGAAAACAAUGUGGCUCAAGGCGGACUGCCUGGUCGUGACGUAUGGUCAGGACUCGAGUGCCCGGUAUUUCUCAUUGCGGGCGAAGCGGACAACAUCACAAAGCCGGCUGAGCUGGUGAAGAUUGCGUCAUUCCUUGGGAAGUCGCAUCCAAUUCAGAUUGAGAUGAACGAGGACAGCGAGCCGAUCAUUGACAGCGCAGCUCCUAUUGAUAUAGCAUCCGAAGCGAACAUUUCCGAUCCAAGUACCAGACAGAUCGAGUCAUUACAUGAGGAAGAUUUCAUCAAUGGAAACUCUAAGACGACAGAUGCAUAUGAAGAUCCUUCAACACCCGACGAGGAACUGUCUAUUAUCCCCCCUCAACCAACCAAGCCGAAGAAAGUGCUCAAAACGACGAUCCUCCCUGCCCCAGCCUCACACGCUCUACUGUACAUGCCAUCUACGGUACGGAUCCUUGCAGGUCUUAUUUCGGAUUUUCUGUGCACCCAAGUCUCGCCACGACUCUCUCUUGGUUGGCAGUUGCAGUUCCUUAGCACCGCUGGGAAAUGGGAUGUCAAAAAUCUCGCAAAAUGGCAAGCGGUAGCCCCGGUCUCAGACCCCAUUGGUGGGGUCUUUCGCGCCAUGAAGACUUUGCGAGAAGUAGAUGAAUCUCAUUGUCCCGAAGUAUUUGUGAAAGAUUGGGCCUCUCAGAUUAAGGAUAUCAUUGAUAUUAGCCACGAAAGUCCUGUCUAUGACCCGCGAGGUCUCGAAAGGGGUGGUAUUAGAUACCAUAAACUCCCAACAGUCUCCAAGAUCCCGCCGACUAGCGAAGAAGUCAGCAUGUUCGUAACACUCGUCGAUCGAUUGAGAGAAGAGCAGAAGUCACGAGCAGAGAAGGAAAAUUGGAGCGGCGAGCGGUAUGUCGGGGUGCAUUGUCACUACGGCUUCAACCGAACGGGGUAUUUCAUUGUAUGUUACUUGGUCGAGAGGUGUGGAUACAGCGUUCAGGCAGCGAUAGACGAGUUUGCGAAGAAGAGACCCAAGGGUAUCAAGCACGCCCAUUUUCUCGACCAGCUUUUUGUUAGGUAUUGCGUUGGGCUAAAGAGAGCGCCCACUUUAUGAGCUUAUGAGGGAGGCGUAUGUUAUAGGGUCUAGAUAUUGAUAUUGUAAUUAACUCUUCACGGUACGGUAAUAGAAAUGAAGAUAAUGACUUCUCUAUCCUC